AAUAAAUUAAAAACGUAUAUAAUCUAAUAUGAUUUAAUAUGAUAUAGAGUAUUGCUCUCUGUCAUCAUAUUUGUCUUGUGUCUGAUGCCAUAGUGACAGCAAUUUCGACAUGUAUCAAUUGAAACAGAUUACAGAUUGAAAGAAAAGGAUCCGUUCAUAUCUGUCGGCUGUCGGUGCUGUAGUAAGGAGGUUAUGUUUGCCCGGAAUGUCACGCCGUCUCGCCAUUCCUUUCGCGUAGUGGACGAAGUGGCGUGUUGGAUUUUUGCGCUUCGGCUCGAACUCGAAUCGAUUCAACGGUAUCGAAUUAUACGGUAAAUGUCAGAAUAAGUUGUUUUGCUCGCAAGGAUGUGAUUUGCCAUUGAUAUGUAACGAAAUUUCGAAAGAUGUUAUGUGUGCUUUAGCUUUGAAACGACGAGAAAUGCUGCUUUAACCUCACUUAUCCUAUAAAUCUCUAUAGAAUGGAAGAAUAUGCAAGAGAACCAUGUCCCUGGCGAAUAGUGGACGACUGCGGUGGUGCCUUCACGAUGGGUGUCAUAGGUGGAGCAAUCUUUCAAAGUAUCAAAGGUUUCCGCAAUGCACCAAGUGGAUGGAAACAGCGUUUUACGGGCAGUGUUGUAGCAAUCAGACAGAGAGCACCCAUAAUUGCUGGAAAUUUUGCAGUAUGGGGUGGGAUGUUCUCCACAAUUGAUUGCACAUUAGUUCACUUUAGGGGAGGAAAGGAAGAUCCUUAUAAUUCUAUUAUUAGCGGGGCUGCAACUGGUGGAAUUUUAGCCGCAAGAAAUGGGCUGCCAGCAAUGGUAGGCAGUGCGAUCAUUGGUGGAGUGUUAUUGGCUCUGAUAGAAGGUGUAGGAAUUUGCUUUACACGUCUCUCUGCUGAACAGUUUAAACCACCAUCACUGGUUGAAGAUCCAUCGCAAUUCGGCCCACCUCCACAAGGCUAUCCAUCAUAAUGUUCAAACAAAUUGAUUAGACUUAUUUCAAAUUAGAAUGAAAUGUUCAAGUAUAAUGACAUAUUCUUUCCAGCAAUAUUUUACAACAGAAUAUACUUGAGUGUUUCUUUUUGCCAGUGUUAAAUUUGUAUGCAGCCUCAAGAUCUUAGACUUAAUAUCAAAUAAUAUUUUGUUUUCUUAUUUGCCACUGUAAUUCUUUCAACCUUCUAGUUAAGAUACCAAACAUGAUACUUUAUGUAAGAAUAUAUCUCCUGUAAAUACUUAUAAAAUAUAAAUAACAAAAGU